UCGCUCCUCAUUGUCACCGGCACCCAACUCGGGUUCGAACCACUGUUUUAUCUUGUGCCCCUACCUACGCAGGCUGAGUCCUGACAUAGUGGGUAUUUCAAGAGCGAGGCUCUCCCUAAAAUGUAUCAACUCACUUGGGUCUGCAAGUCAAGCAGGGCUAGACUCGUUCACUUAGGGAUUGGAAUACGACCACCUCUUCUCAGACCUCUUCCGAGUCGGCUACUGGCGACAGAUGCACUGGAACCACCAAAACCCUCAAAGUCAAGGCCGCAGAUACCAACUGAGCCUCUUCCAAGGUCGCGUUUACUGAGUCGUAUUCUACUGGUAGCAAAAUAUUCCGGACUUGUGGCAUUCUCUUCGACAUUUGGGAUUCUGUUACUAGGCGCAGGGAUAUUCAUUCAUGAUGCUUUUACUUAUACGAACAAGGAUGUCCACCGCGUACCGGUGUUACCUCUCGCACUUCAUCCCGAGCAGGGGGGACCAAAGAACCUCCCAAUUGUAAGAGCACUUGUGGAUGAUGUAGAGGAUGAUGAGGCAAAGAAACUUUUGGACAAACCGAAGUUGGUGAUUGUAGGAGGAGGUUGGGGGGCUGUUUCUGUCCUGCAGACACUGUCUCUCGGUGACUGGCACGUGACCGUCGUGUCGCCAGAAACCUUCACCACAUUUACCCCACUUUUACCUUCGGCUGCGGUUGGUACAGUCCAAGUUCGCAGUUUGGUUGAGCCCCUACGCAAGAUCGUAGCGCGUCUUCGCGGCCACUUCGUAGACGCUAAGGCUAUUGACAUUGUGAUGUCUGAGCGGUUACUGGAACUGGAAACGGUGACUUCGACUGGCGAAUCUCAACGUAUUUAUCUUCCCUAUGAUAAACUAAUUAUUGCAUGCGGGUCAACUUCCAGUACGCACGGCAUCCAGGGUCUAGAACAUUGUUUCCAACUCAAGACUAUAUCGGAUGCGCAAGCCAUCCGACGACGAAUCCUUGACAACUUCGAAACGGCCAGUCUUCCUACCACAACACCUGAAGAACGCAAGCGUUUGUUGUCAUUCGUUGUUUGCGGAGGUGGUCCCACAGGCGUCGAGACAGCAGCUGAAAUUUACGAUUUCUGUCAAGAAGACAUUGUAAAUUACUACCCCAAGAUAUGCCGCGAGGAAGUCUCGAUCCAUGUAAUUCAGUCGCGCGAGCAUAUUCUCAACACGUAUUCGGAGGCCAUCUCAAAAUAUGCCGAGGAAAAGUUCCGUCGUGAUAACGUCGACCUAGUCACUUCUGCUAGGGUCGGUGCCGUCCACCCUGAUCACGUCGUGUACACCGUGCGGUCUCCGGAUGGGACGGUUACUACUCAUGAGAUCCCGACAAAUUUUGUCCUGUGGUCAACUGGCAUUGCGAUGAACCCCUUUACCCGUCGUGUCUCUGCCUUAUUGCCCAAUCAAGUACACAAGAAAGCGAUCGAAGUUGAUGCCCAUCUUCGUGUAAAAGGUGCGCCGUUGGGCGAUGUGUAUGCUAUUGGAGAUUGUGCAACUAUCGAGACGUCCGUUGUGAGCCACCUGCUGGAGUUGGUUGAUGAGGCCGACAAGAACAAAGAUGGCAAGAUCGACUUUGAUGAAUUUGAUUUUAUGGUUGCAAGGAUCAAACACCGGAUACCCAUGGCUGAGUCGCAGUUGCAGAAGGUCCGAACUUUAUUCGAUUUGUAUGACUCAGACGCAGACAACAGCCUUUCCUUAAAUGAACUGUGUAAACUGUUGGAAGAAAUUGGAAAUAAGAUAACAGCACUUCCUGCCACCGCUCAAGUGGCUUCUCAGCAAGGGAAAUAUCUUGGCAAGAAGCUAAAUCAAUUAGCGAAGAAACGAGAAGUCCUCGAGGUGAACGGCAUACAUGACCUGGAUGAGGCCGUAUCCAGGCCAUUCCGCUAUACUCAUCUCGGCAGUCUCGCGUAUAUUGGCAACGCCGCAGUCUUCGACUUGGGCAAUUUGUCGUUCAUGGGUGGCCUCAUUGCCAUGUACGCGUGGCGAAGCGUUUACUGGAGCGAGCAGGUUUCGGCCAGGACACGAUUUCUCUUAAUGAUGGACUGGAUUAUUCGUGGCGUAUGGGGUCGGGACUUAUCCAGGCUUUGAUCAGACAGGACACUCUAUUGCAAUAUCAUCCUUCAUCCCAUUCAUUCUUGCUCAUUAUCGGAUUCUUCUCUCCAUGAUGUAUAUACCGUGUACGCAUCAUUUCGCCGGACUCUAUGUAGAACAAACCCACAGAGCAUGGUUCCGUUCAUUUCUGCAGAUCACAUGAUCUUAAAAUGGCUGUCUUGCCGACAAACGAUCCUUGGCUAUGUGGGAGUCCAACAUUCGUUGGUACUGAGUGAGCACGGGAAGAGUACGGUACAGCGACGACAAAAGAAAGCUGAAUCGUGUAGCAAAUGUGCGAGAAUUCAAUCCGGUACCCAAUACUCAGGACUUCUGGAGGCCAACUCCGCCUCGAACUUUGGAUGCUGC